GAAAAGCAAUAUUUAGUCAGCCAUCAGUCUUGUUCUACCUCAUCCUAAAAGCUAUUCUUCUCACAUUCUAAACAUCAGAUAUCGAACUCGGAAAAAAUGGAGUUGGAGGUGAGAGUCGUCGGAGGAAUCGAGAGCUGUUUCGUGUCGUUACCAGUGAGCUUAAUCCAGACUCUCGAGUCCACCACCGCUUCCGGCUACCUUCCUCCUAUUCUAGCCCUCGAACUUCGCUCUCCUCAAAACGCUAACCAACUCUGGCGUGUUGCUUGGUCCGGUUCCGCUUCUUCCCAUCCAUUUCCUAAUUCUAUUCAGAUUGCAAAGCAAUAUGCCGAGUGUAUUGGAUUGUCGGAUCGUGCAGUGGUUCGAGUAACAGCACUGUCUAAUUUGCCUAAAGCUACUAUGGUUACCAUAGAGCCCGAUACUGAAGAUGAUUGGGAAGUUUUGGAACUUAACGCUGAGCAUGCCGAGCAGGCUAUUUUAAAGCAGGUUGGUAUUGUCCAUGAAGCAAUGCGAUUUCCUUUGUGGCUGCAUGGGCAAACAAUUAUCACAUUCAAAGUUUUUUCAAUCUUUCCGCUCACACCGGUAGUACAACUUGUACCAGGAACUGAAGUUGCUGUUGCUCCAAAAAGGCGAAAAAGAAAUAUUAUUUCAGGUGAGGAUUCCAUGACGCAAGAUGAUAAGAUUUCGGUCUCAAAGGCACUAUUGAGAGUCCAAGAUACUGGUGAUCAAUGCAUUCAUAGAUACGAGGCUGAUGGAGUUGAGAUGAGAGUGGUUUUGACCUCUGCUAUCUUCAUUCAUCCAGACACAGCCAGUAUAUACUCUUUUGAACCUCUUCAGACUGUGGUAAUAAUUCCCAGAUUGCUUCCCAAAGAGACCAAGAAGAAUCAGGAGACAGAUAGCCGUAGACUGAAAAAUAGUGCAACUUCAAAGGAAGUGAAAGUAGGGGGUGCACCUGACAAGCACGAUAUCCAUCAAGCAAUGGUUCGUCUAAUAUUUUCAGAAUCAGUGGCUAAAGGACAUAUAAUGCUUCCUCAGUCUCUUCGGCUUUAUUUGAGAGCGGAGUUACACUCAUGUGUUUAUGUGAAGAGAUUCAAUGUCAAAUUGAAGAAAGAGUUUCCUUUAGUUUCGCUUUCACCUUGUGAAUUCAAGAUACUCCAAGAGAAUGGGGUUUCUGAAGAAAAUAAUGCUGAAGUUUUGGGUAACAAAAAGAAUAAUAAAAUAAUAACAACACUUCUCAGAACCAAUUCAGACAUUGAGAUGGGUACUAUUGACUGGUCAACCCAUGAGAAAAUUGCCACAGCCUUUUCUUCUGAAUCCAGCAAGGAAGACAAAGAAACGAGCGUCAAGUCUGAUAUCAAAAAGGGCAUUGCAGCUCUUUUGCGUAGAUGGUGUCUUGCACAACUAAAUGCUGUCACGCUAAAGGCUGGAGUGGAAGUGAAAUCAUUGAUUUUAGGAAACACAACUUUGCUUCACUUCAAAGUGAAAGAUGACAGAUCCAUAAAACAUGGUGUCCAAACAAUGAAUGGUGGAGAAGCAGCGCUAGAUGUUGUGUAUGUGUUGUCAAUUUCUGAUGAAUCAAUACAUGAUGAAAAGAUUGAUGCAUAUGAAGUUGCAUUUGAUGAAGGAAGCAAGUUAACUACUUCUCCCGAAAGCUUAGAACCUUGGCUUGGAAAGCUUCAACUGGGCAAUGGUCUCUCCAUUAGGACUGUCAGGGAGAAAUGCUUUGCUAAAAGCACCAGUCUUACAAUUUCUUCAUUAGACUGGAUGGGAAUGGCUGCAUCUGAUGUGAUCAAUAGGUUGGUAGUUCUGUUAUCUUCAGCGUCUUGGAUGUUGUCCAGUGCUUAUGAUUUUCCGCUGCCAGGACAUAUUCUAAUCCAUGGGCCUUCUGGUUCCGGGAAAACAUUAUUAGCUACAGCAGCUGCUAAAUUCGCUGAAGAAAGUGAGGACAUCUUGGCCCAUAUAACUUUUUUAUCUUGUUCUAAGCUUGCUUUGGAAAAGCCUUCAACCAUUCGUCAAACUUUGCUUAGCUAUGUUGCUGAUGCGUUGGAUCAUGCACCUUCUGUUGUGGUAUUUGAUGAUCUUGAUAGCAUUGUUGCAGCCUCCUCUGAGUCUGAUGCUUCUCAACCUUCUUCCUCAUCAGCAGUGCUUGCAGAAAACUUUGCUGAUAUUAUGGAUGAAUAUGAGGAAAAACGGAGGAACACGUGUGGGAUUGGCCCAAUUGCAUUUAUUGCUUGCUCACAGUCUCUGACUAAUUUACCACAGGACUUGACCUCUUCUGGGAGGUUUGAUUUUCAUGUUAAAUUGCCUGCACCUGCUACCACAGAGCGUGGUGCCUUGCUAAAACAUAUAAUUCUGAAGCGUUCUUUGCAGUGUUCGGAUGACAUCUUGCUGGAUAUAGCGUCCAAGUGCGAUGGAUAUGAUGCAUAUGAUCUGGAAAUACUGGUUGAUAGGUCUGUUCAUGCUGCAACUGGCCGCUUUUUUACUAGUGAUUUGGGUGGCAGACAGGACAAACCUCUUUUACUUAAGGAUGAUUUCCUGCAUGCCAUGCAUGACUUUGUUCCAGUGGCAAUGCGUGACAUCACUAAACCGGCUGCUGAUGGUGGUCGGUCUGGUUGGGAGGAUGUUGGAGGUCUUAAUGACAUCCGGAAUGCUAUUAUAGAGGUAAAUGUUUAUUUUCUGCUUUUUGGGGUUUUAUAUCCUUACUGCUACACUACUCAUGAUUUCUGUUCCCCUUUUAUGUUUUCUUCGGCUUUUCUCUGCUUGUAUGGAACGUGCAAAGUAACACAGAGUAAGAAGCAACAAUGGCGGACAGCCUUUGAAGCAUACGUAGAAGAAGUACGAGAUAUAUUCUCAAAAGCAGCUGCAGCAGCACCAUGCCUUCUAUUUUUUGAUGAAUUUGAUUCUAUCGCUCCAAAUAGAGGGCAUGACAACACUGGUGUUACUGAUAGAGUUGUUAAUCAGUUUCUUACUGAAUUGGAUGGUGUUGAAGUGUUAACGGGUGUGUUUGUAUUUGCUGCUACAAGUAGACCGGACUUGCUUGAUGCUGCACUUUUGCGACCUGGAAGGCUGGAUCGCCUUCUCUUCUGUGAUUUUCCUUCACAGCGUGAGAGGUUGGAGAUUCUUUCAGUUCUAUCGAGAAAAUUACCAUUGGAAAGUGAUGUCGAUUUGGAUGGCGUAUCUCGUUUGACAGAAGGGUUCAGUGGAGCUGACCUCCAAGCACUUUUCUCUGAUGCACAGCUUGAGGCUGUCCAUGAUCUUCUAGAUAGUGAAAAUGUCGGCAAGCCUGAGAAGAAGCCAGUCAUCUCUGAUGCUCUCCUGAAAUCUAUUGCAUCCAAGGCAAAACCAUCUGUCUCUGAUGCUGAAAAGCAGCGAUUAUACGACAUCUACAGUCAGUUUUUGGAUGCAAAAAGAUCAUUGGCUGCACAGUCAAGGGAAGCAAAAGGAAAAAGAGCAACCCUCGCUUGAUGAUUGACUGCUACUCGAGCUCUAUGUGCAAGAGCUUGCUAAAGACACAUGAAUGACUGGCCCGAUCACUUGCAGUAGCUGCAUUUUGGGUGGAGUUUGUAAUGACACCAUCCCUUUUGUCAUUUAUAGUUAGAAAUAUCUUGUUGUAGCAUUAGUCUUUCCUAUGUGGGAAAGUUCAAAAGGAUAACUUACAUUUAUCUGCCGAUUCUCAGUGUCAUUGGGCAUUCGUCUUAGUUUUAGGAGAAGAGCCCAUGUCAAAUUAGUGAGUGAUGUCUUGCCAUAGUUUUUUAUUCUGGACAACUGAAGUGCGUCUGCAAAGAAUAACUCUGCAAUAAUGAAACACAAAUGACUUCUAUCUGUUUCAGCUUUCCCCCUAAGAAAAAUGAUGGGAUCUUCUGCAAAAGUUAGAAGCACAGAAAAAUAAAUUGAGUUGAUGAAGAGUUGGAUAAUCAAUUUUUAUUUUCAAUCCA